AGCAACGACAUCAUCAAAGAUCAAAACAUUUUGCCUCUCGGAGAUCUCAGACCAUCGGCGUCCAAGAACAGGAGAUGCAAAUUAGUUAGUCGAUGACAUUGUGAAGACGGCGCUCAUCUGAUCUUUCAAGAACAAGUGCCGUUGCGUCGCAAUUUAUUUGUUGAUCAGGCUGUUGGGUUUCUUGCCAGUUUGAUCGGUUUGGAUCCGAUCGGGAGGGAUCGAUGGGCGGCCCUCCGCAGAGGCAGCAGCCGGAUCAGGCGCGGCCGGCGGGGAGCGCGUGCGUGUGGGUGGUGGCGGUGCUCCUCCUCCUCGCCGUGCUUGCCGGCGGCGGUUGCCUGGUGCUCUACCUCACGCUGCCCCCGGCCGAUGUGCCGCCCUGGCUGCCGGCCGCCGGCCUCGGGCUCGUCGCGCUGCCCUGGGCGUUCUGGAUCGCCACGUUCGCGUACCGGUGCCGCUGCUCUUCGGGCGCGGCGGCGGCGGCGGCGAGCAACGUGGAGCGGCAGGCGUCGUCGAGGAAUGCCGUGGCGCCGGCGCCGGGCAGCACGAGCCUCAAGGGCGCGCGCAGCGCGAGGCACGCCGCCGAGGGGAGGUCCCCCACCGCCAGCAGCGCCGCGCGCCGGGUGCGGUUCGGCGAGACCACCGUGCUCGGGGAGGACCGCGCCGCCGCGGGGGAGGACAAGGACGACGACGGCUCGUCGGUGCACUCGAACGAGAGCGAGGCGGCGCCCCUCGCCUACAACAUGCAACCCUCGUCGUGA